GUGUGCUGACUCGGAGGGGCUGCUCAAGGUCAAGGAGUCAAAGAAAAAAAAGCGGCAGCCCUGCGCGAGAGUACUCCGAACCGGUCUAGAACCUGUGUUUGCCCAUUUCCGCCAGCGGUGCAGCGUGUCAGCGACGCCCGGCCCAGCUCCACCCAAAAGAGGAGACGACGACCACCACCACCGCCCGCCAGUAGUGACCACCAACCACCGCGUGGAUUACCACGACCACCGCCGCCGCCGCCAUGAGCCACGGGAACCCAUGCACCGCCAUCGCCAAUGCCGUCAUGAUGGUCAUCAUGGAAAGUUCAUCCCCGCGGCCCCGGCAGCAACACACUGCAACGGACGGACGCAACAGCCACAACAACAAAUAAAAGCUUCACCCGACAAGCCAAGCGACUCUGCACGGGCGCCAGGCCCCCGCUCUUCUCCAGAUCCCAUGGCCGCGCGCGGGCGAUCAUGGUGCAGGGGGGAGGGCCAGGAAGCUAGGGCGCUUCUGCACGCCAGGCUGCACCCCAAUCGUCGGGCGCGCACACGAUCUGGCCGCCACGCUCGUACGCGCGUUCGCGGUGCGGCUGACAGGCCGUUUCAUGCAAUCUCGGCCGUUGCAUUCUGGAAAGCGGUCGGCCCUUUGAUGCUCGUACGAUUGGCCCCGUGUGCCGAGCCUCAUGCGCCAUCGCCCUCGUCGGCACGCUGGUGCCACCCACGCACCCUUGACCGCUCCUAAAGCCACGAGCCCGCCGAACCAGCGCAUGCGGCAGCCUGCUCCGUUGCGCCAUGAUACAUACCCGCACCAGCACGGCCCCCUCCCGGUUGCGAUCAUGAUUAAAGAUCACCCUGCCAGCCCGUGCCACACCGGCUGCCUGCUCCCAACUAGUCGGUUUGACCUGCUGCCAUCCCCGUAAAUGGGUUCCUCGCGCCCUGGCCCU